AUGUCACAAUUGAAUCCCUCGGCCCUCACGCGACUCAUCGAGUCGCAAUCAGCCUCAGACGAUCCUCAGGCCGCAACAACCAUUCAAAUCCUGCAUAAUCUCCAGCAUCAGCACCUCUGGACCUCACUUCAGACCCACGACAUUGUCACAACAUCAGACAGCACAGUUGAAAAUCCUCAAGAUACCCCUCGGACCUUGAUCUCCGGUAUCCCGCCCCAUCGCGUCUAUACUCAUCCCGACGAGCAGCUGUACAUGCUUGAGAAGAGCAUUACAGAGGAUGAUCUUCAGCCGGAGAGAAUGUUCGUGAUACCCACCGCGCAAGGACAGAAAUGGAGUCUUCGGCGAAUGGCAGUUGCGUUCGAUGCAUUGGCGUCUCUGGAGAACACUGUCACCGAGGACGCAGAGGUGGCGCGGGGGUCUGCAGACUCGGGGAAGGUGGAGAAGCUCGACGAGUAUUACGAAAAGAAGCGGGAGGCCCAAGUCACGAAAGCAUGGGGUACCAGGCGCGCUUUGUUGGCAAUGACCAACAGGGAUAUGGGUGGAGACGGUACUGUCGUCUAUUACAUCGUUCAGGAGGGUGAGGUCAAGCCCAGACAGAAUUGA